AUGUCGAUAGCUCCAAUCAUCACCUUCAAAGCAGGUAUCUGCGACUUUGAUGGCUCUUCCUCCCCCGCCACCGUGAAGCCUAAGCCGACUCCCGGUUACAUUUAUCUCUACUCCGAAGAUGAACUGAUGCACUUCUGUUGGCGCCCUCGCAAUGCUCCUCUCGAUGAGCCCGAUCUUGAUCUGGUCAUGAUUCCUUCAGAUGGAAGCUUCACUCCCUACAAACCGUCGGGCAAGGACGCUACAAAUGGACGCGUGUUUGUUCUCAAGUUCUCCUCCAGCUCCCAGCGCUAUCUCUUCUGGUUGCAGUCUCAAUCCCAACACGAGAGUGGUGACCCUAGCUGGUUCAGCCCCCGGGAUUUGAAGCUAGGUGAGAUUGUCGAUGUCUUGCUGCAGGGCGAGGAUGUGGAUACUAUGGAGGAUGUGGAAGGAACGGACCAUGACCCCAACCAUAAUCACGGCGGAAGCAGUGGUGGAGCUGGCCCGGAUGCUACGGGAGGUGAUAUCCGCGAGGAGGGACAGGAAUCCCGAGAGGGCGGUGCCGAUGGUGGACGAGCUGCUUCCUCGGGCGACCCAUCAUCGGUAGUUCAAGACUUCUUGCGGUCCCUGGGUGGUAGGCAACAAAGCCAAGGCCAAUCCCAGGACCCCGAACGACCAUCUACGACACUUCAAGACCUGCUUACUCCCCCUACUACUCUCCCUUUCAUCGAGACUGCCGACGAUACUACCGUUGAUCACCUUCUGAGCUUCCUCCCACCGGCACUACUUCUGCUGGCCCAGGGCAAUGCCGAGGCUGCGGAAGCCGAUACCGACCCCGAACUUGCCCAGGCGGCACUACUCUCUCUCGAACUCUCCCAAAAGAAAGAUAUCCUUCGCCGUGUUCUCCGAUCCCCCCAGUUUAUGCAAAGUUUAGCCAGUCUUACCGUGGCCCUCCGAGAUGGAGGGCUUCCCAGCAUUAGCGAGGCCCUGCAGAUUCCCGUAGCCAAUGGCGGAUUUAUGCGGCGUGGCGGCGUACCCCUUGGUGGGGGUGACGCGGUGGAAGCGUUCCUGGACGGCGUUCGGCAACAUGUCAAGCAGAAGGAUGAGUCGGGUCAAAUGGAAACGGACUGA